AUGUACUCUGAGGCUCAUCCGUUUACGUUUUCUUACACAGUGCUGAUGUUUCAAGAGGUGUGGAGCCGCAGCUUCUGCCGGACCAUCGAGAAGCUGGUUGAGGUGGUGCAGGAAUACCCGACAGAAGUGGAGCACAUCUACAGCCCCUCCUGCGUGCCUCUGGUGAGGUGUGCCGGCUGCUGUGGAGACGAGAAAUUAGAGUGCCAUCCCACUCGAACCACAAACGUCACCAUGCAGCUGUUGAAAAUCCGACCUUCGGAGCAAGGGCAAGAAUACGUUGAGAUGACAUUUGUGGAGCAUCAGACAUGUGAAUGUAGAGUCAGGAAAUCUUUAGUGAGGACUGAAAGGAAAAGGCAACGGGGAAGAGGAAGAAAGAGAAAGGAGCGACAGAAAGCAAAAGAAUGUAGCAGGUGUCAGAUCCCUCGCAGGCCUGCUCGCGACCAGAGACUCAGACAGCUUGGGGUGAUUGUUGCUGACAAGCUGUCCUGCUGA